CAUAUUAGCAGAGGAGCUAACUACGAGAGAGAGAGAGGAGCCGGAGCGAUGGAUGCCGCCGCCGGAGUUUCUGCAGCUACGGUGAAGUCAAUAUUCGUCUAUCCAAUCAAAUCGUGCCGCGGAAUUUCUCUUCCUCAAGCCCCAAUUUCUUCCACCGGAUUUCGCUAUGAUCGAGAAUGGCUAAUCGUGAAUUCGAAAGGCAGGGCAUAUACUCAGAGAGUCGAACCCAAGCUUGCUCUCGUUGCAGUUGAACUGCCAAUUGAAGCAUUUUCUCUCGAUUGGGAACCAAAUCAUCACUCCUAUUUAGUGAUAACUGCUCCCGGUAUGGAUGCACUGAAGAUUCCAUUGGCAAAAUCAGUUGAAAUAGUGAACGGUGUCUCGGUAUGGGAAUGGACUGGAUCUGCAGUCGAUGAAGGAGAUCAUGCCGCACAGUGGUUCUCUAAUUAUCUGGGAAAGCCAAGUAGGCUUGUUCGAUUUCAUGAUGCAUCGGAGGUAAGGAUUGUGGACCCUGAAUACGUGCAUGGAUACAAAGUUAUGUUUUCCGAUGGGUACCCAUUCCUCUUGCUAUCUCAGGGAUCAUUGGAUUCCUUAAACACACUUCUCAAGGAGCCUAUACCAGUCAACCGUUUCAGACCCAAUAUCUUGGUCGAGGGAUGUGAACCAUUUAUCGAAGAUUUGUGGACAGAGAUCAAGAUAAGUCAAUCAACAUUCCAAGGUGUAAAAUUAUGCUCUCGUUGCAAGGUGCCUACAAUUAAUCAAGAAACUACCGAAGCUGGUUCCGAGCCUACCGAUACACUGAUAACCUUCCGUUCGGACAAAGUCUUACGCCCUAACAAGAAACACCAGAAAGGGAAGGUAUAUUUUGGACAGAACAUGGUGUGUUUGGACUCCAUUAAUGGCGAAGAAGGGAAAAGAAAGAGCAUCAAAUUGGGAGAUUCUGUUUUCGUCCUAAAAUCGGUGACCUCUGCAGCUGAUGCUGCCGUUUAAUAACUACUAUUUUACAACGGUUUCUGGUUUUGCUCUGUAAGUUGACAACACUUUGUAUAAUCAAUCUGUAUAAUUAUAUACUGUAAAAAUAUUUUAUAUUUAGAGACGUGCUAUUUCCACCCUCAAAA